UCAUCUAUUUAUAAGUUGCAAUAAAAUUCUGUUUAAAACUAAUAAUGGACUGGUCACUAGAAUCAUAAAUGUCAGUGAUCUUUUAUUCACGAAUUAUCCACAUAUGAGAAAAAAAGCAAGAUGCCUGCAAAUGUAUUUACACCCAGGCCUUAUCAGAUAGAGCUGGUAGAACGAGCUUUGAAAAGAAAUACGAUUGCCUGCUUGAAUUCAGCAUCUGCAAAAUCAUUUGUAUGGAUGACAUAUCUUCGAGAAAUAUUGGGAGAAUCUUUCAGACCUUAUAGUAGUGAUGGUAGACAAACAAAUGCAUUUGUAUUGUUUUAUUCAGAUUAUUUUGUUCGUGAAUAUGGUUUAAAGCUACGAUGUCAUCUUGAUAUGAACAUUGCAUCAAUUACAUCUGAUAAAGGUUCACAACUUGACUCAUGGGGAUGGGAUGAAAUUAUGUUACAAAACAUGAUUAUUGUGACAACGCCAGAAGUGUUUUCUCAAGCUAUUACAAAUAAUAUGUUUGAUAUUGAAUUUGCAAGUAUUUUGAUAUUGGAUGAUUGUCAUACGAUUUUAAGUCCUGCCAGUGACUACAGAAAGAUUUUACAGGUUUUUGACAAAGCGGGAAAAAAUCCGUACAUUCUGGGGUUAACUUGUUCGCUAUUACGAGAAAAUGGCUCAGCAUCAGUAUUGGAAAAAGACAUCAAUGAAAUGGAGAGAUUACUUCAUUGUAAGGCAGAGACUGCGACAGACUUGAUUGCAUUGGAUGGAUUUUCUCCAUCACAACCAGAUGAAAAAAUUGUUCUUUGUGCUGCAAGAAAACCUUCAGUAGAAAUUUAUAAUAAUGAUGACAAACUGAAAAGAAAAAAACCUGACAAAAUUUGCUCUGAAAUAAGAGAAAUAUUAACUCCUGCAAUUGAGUGGUUGAAAAUAUGCAAGAUUUCAUCAAAAACUGUGUUAGUUAAAUCAGAGGAAACGAGGGAGGAAAAUUGUAUAAAAGAAAAUGUUACAGAGGAAAAUAAUCUUGAGGAUGAUGAUAAGAAAACGUCAGAUACUGAUAGAAACCCUGAAAUUUCCGAUACAAGCACUCAACCUGACAUUGAUGUUGAUAACUUGGUCAACAUGUCUCUUACUGUUUUAUCACAAGUUUUGUUAGUGUUGGACAUCCUUGGUUUAUGGUGUGCGCAUAGACUUGUCAUACUCUUGUUGAAACAACUUCAAAAAAAUAUCAGAAAUCAGGAUUCUUUCGACAAAUGUACAGAUAAUGUCAAUAAAUGGAAAUUUAUGCUGCUACGGCACACAGAUUCCCAUCUCAGAGCAGUUUAUGCUCUGUGUCAAACAUAUAUGGGAAGUCAGAGAAAAAGUGAUUUGAAGCUUGUUUCUCCAAAAGUCAAUCGUCUUCUGCAAGUGUUGAAAGAAUACAAACCAACUGCCGAACCUGAACGAAAAAAUGAAAAUCCAAAAGUAUCAAAAUACAAUGAUAGAUCAGAAGCUAGUUAUGUAUCCUGGUGGCAAGAUUCUGAUGCAGAAGAAGAUGAAGAAGAAGAGGAACAACAGAUGAUGCUGAAAAAUGGAAAUGAAAGAACAGAUGGAAAAAAGGAAGCUGAUGUUAAACCAGGAAUGACAAGAUCUUCCAGACAAUACCAUCAUGCUAAUACUCUGUGUGGUAUUGUUUUUGUUAGAGAAAAAUAUGUAGCUUUGAUGCUGCAACGACUUUUGAAAGAAGCAAGUAAAGAUGAUUCGGAGUUAUGGCACAUAUCCAGUGCUCAUAUGACAUCUAUCGCUACCUCACCGACAUCUAGUACAAAUAUUUUGGAAAAAACGGACGUCGCUCAAGAUAUUUACAACAAUGCAACAAACUCUGAAAAACUAAAGCAAGAAGAAGUUUUACGAAGUUUCAGAAGUCACGAAAUCAAUUUACUUAUAUCUACCAAUUGCUUGGAAGAAUUUGCUGAUAUACCUAAAUGCAAUUUAGUACUCAGAUUUGAUGUUCCUGACACGUAUAAGUCAUAUAUUCUUUCGAAAAGUCGUGUACGGUCAAAUAAUUCAACAUAUAUGAUGUUAGUUAAUGAAGAAGAGAAAAAUGAAUUCAUGACAAGAUUGCAGGAAUAUAAAAAGAUUGAGAAGGUCUUACAAGAUUCAGUUUAUGGGAAUCAAGUCAUCAAAGAAUCGCCUCCUGCUGAUUUCGAUUAUUUUGAUGUGGCAGAAGAUGAUCCUGAUAUUGAAGAUGAAGAUAAUAUUCCACCUUAUUACUCGGGACCUAGUACUUGCGUAACUAUGGAUUCUGCCAUUCAUGUUAUUAACAGAUAUUGCAGUCGACUUCCUAGUGAUCCAUUCACUCAUCUUAGUCCGAGAUGUGAAGUUUUUGAAGUCUCGAGCAAAGAUGCUCGCAAUAUGGAUUCUUCAUCACUCAAUGGAACAAGGCAGCAAUAUUUUGAAUGUUCACUUCAGUUACCAAUCAAUGCACAUGUACAAAAUCCAAUCAAGGGUACUCAAAUGUCAUCAGUAUUACUUGCACAAAAAGCAGUUGCCCUGGAAGCGUGUAAAGUAUUACAUAAAGCAGGAGAAUUGGAUGAUCAUUUUAUGCCGAUAGGUAAAGAAAUGGUCAAAUAUGCUGAGGAACUUGAUCCCUGGCCUGAAGAGAAAUCUAGCGUACUUGGAAGACCUGGAACAACUAAACGGAGACAAACUUACGAAAAGGAGGUCCCAGCUGCUCUUUCCGGUUGCCUACCUCGUCCCGAUAUACCUCUCUUUCUUUAUGAAAUUGAAAUGAAAUUACAUACUAGAAUGCCAGACGAGUUAAAUGUACGAAGGCGGAAACUGCAUGCUCCUGAGGAAACUACAAGAUGCUUUGGAAUUUUAUCUGCAAAACCAUUACCGCCUGUUUUAGGUUUCCCUAUAUUCACCAGAUCUGGUGAAGAAUCUGUCCGUGUGAAAUUAUGUCGUUCAUUCAUCAGCCUUGGAUUGCAUCACAUUAAGAUGAUUCGUUCUUUUCAUCACUAUCUAUUCUCUGAUAUGUUGAGGAUUGACAGAGUACCUCUGAUAUUUAAACCUGACUUAUCUCCAACGCAAAUUUAUAUUGUUAUCUUAGAUAAGAAAACACCUACCUCUGAUCUUGACAUUGACUGGAAAUUCAUGUGUGAAGUUGAUUCCAAAAGACGAAUCGAUGACAGAAUGAGAUCAGAUCCAUGGUUUCGACAUCGAUUACUAGAAUCAAAAGGAGGAAAAAAUAUUUUUGUUUUCAAGCGAUCAAAAUAUGAAGAUGGUGUGGUUGUUGCCAAAUAUAGAAGUCCUGAUCAACCAAAUAGAUUCUAUGUUGCUGAAAUCAAAGAUGACUUGAAUCCAUAUAGCAGUUUUCCAUCUUCUGAGUACGAGAGUUUCCAUCAUUAUUAUAGGAUCAAAUAUGGACUUGAUAUAAGCUGCUUAAAACAACCACUGUUGGACGUUGAUCAUACUUCUUCGAGGUUAAAUCUUCUCACCCCACGUUACAUGAAUCAGAAGGGAAAGGUGCUACCUGUAACAAGUUUAGAGAAGAAACGAGCUAAAUACGAAACUUUGACGAACAGGCAGAUUCUUGUACCGGAACUUUGUGACUUGCAUCCUAUUCCUGCUUCAUUGUGGAGAAAAGCAGUUUGUAUUCCAUCCAUUAUAUACAGGUUAUCUUCUAUCUUAGUGGCUGAAGAACUCAGACACAAGAUUUAUGAGGAUUCUGGUAUUGGACAAGGUUCUUUACCUCUCGGUAAACAAUGGCCCGAUUUAGAUUUUGGUUGGAGUAACUUUCCUAAUGAAGAAAAUUCAAAAAAAUUCGAUGAAAAUCCAGAGAAUUUGAUAGAGAACGAUAACAACGAUGGCGGGGCAUUGGCUACAGAUCCUGAAAUGGUUUCUGAAGAAAAUGAUGUUUCUUUGUCAAAUGCUCAAGAAUAUUUUACACUGUCAAAUACAAAGCCCUCUGAUCACAGUUCUACUGGUGAUAAUGCAAACAAUAUCACUGCUAAGGAUCUAGAAACUGAUGAAUCUGAAAUUCACCAUAAAGAGACUGAGGAAAAUCAUGAAUCUUGUAUCGUGCCGGAAUCUGAAACGGCUGACAAUUCAAACUCCUCCAAUCUUGACUCCGAUGAGAAAUCUGUCUCAAUUGAAUUGAAUUUAAAUAACAAAGACUCUGAUGAAACUGAUUCAUUUGAGUUUGAUUUUGAAUAUGAUUCAGAUGACUAUAAACUCGUGUUUGAUAUUCCUGGACAAGAUUGUAAAAAAUCGAAAAAGAAAAUCAGGAAAAAAAGGAAAGAUUGUUUACCAUUGUCAGACAAUGAUUCUUUAUUUAAAACAAUUCCCAAGUCGAUCAUUGAUGAGUUGUCUUCUCAAUGCAAAUCUGAAUUAGCUGGUCCAAGCCCAGGACUGAUUUUACAGGUUUUGACUCUUUCAAAUGCAAGUGAUGGAUUCAAUCUGGAAAGAUUAGAAAUGCUUGGUGAUUCAUUUCUGAAACAUGCUGUUACUGUUUAUUUAUUUUGCACUUAUCCAGAUGCACACGAAGGUAAACUAUCGUACAUGAGGAGCAAGAAAGUGUCCAACUACAAUUUAUACAGGAUCGGACAACAAAGAAACUUGCCUAGAAAAAUGACUGCCCUGAUAUUUGAUCCUGCAGUAAAUUGGCUGCCUCCAGGAUACAUUGUUGGUGGUGGUAUCUAUGGUCCUGAUACUGGUAAUGAUGAUGAUAUUUAUAAGGAUUCACAAUAUGAUAGUUUGGAUGAUGACAUGGAGAUUGGUGUUUGGACUGGUGUUCCUGGUCAGAAAUUGUCGCCCAGCGUGGAUAAAAUGCCUGACAAAAAAUCAUCAUCAGAUGAGAAUACAUCCUCAACCGAGAAACAAGAAGAAAUAUUGAAUAAUAAUAUAAGUGAAGAUGAGGAGGAAGAAGAGGUGUUUGACGAGGAUGAAAUUCAAAUGAUUGAUAACAUGUUGGGAGGUUGUUUGGUCGGAGGAAUGAACGGACUGAAUGGAAGUUCUCAUUCUGAUGAUAGAAGACAGAAUGGUUUUCCGAGCUUCACUGGAAGAUUUAUCGAUAGGAACGUAAUUUUACGAAAUGAACAACAGAAUCAGAGGAAUCAAAAUGGCGAAUUUGUGAUUGAUACCUGGACUCCUGUUGAUGCAGAAGGUAAACCUCUUUGUGCAACUGAUCCUUUGUUAAUUGAUCUUCACACACAACACUCCUUGGCUGAUAAAUCAAUUGCUGAUUGUGUUGAAGCAAUACUUGGAUCUUAUUUAACAACUUGUGGACACCGCUCUGCUCAGCUUUUAUUGUGUUACUUUGGACUCAAGGUGCUACCUCGCUUGUCGCAAGAUAAAUUGUCAACAGCUGCAAAGCCUUCAUAUGGAUACCUGAAACAACCAACUAACGUUCUUUUGGAUGAAAGUCCUUCUGGACUACGAAAACUCAAGUUAUUCACCAAAGAUCUUGCAGCGUUUGAGCAAAAAAUAAAUUACACUUUUAAAAACAAAGGAUACUUGUUGCAGGCUUUCACUCAUGCGUCAUAUUAUCUGAAUACUAUCACAGAUUGUUAUCAACGUUUGGAGUUUCUAGGUGAUGCGAUCCUUGAUUUCCUUAUUACUCGUCGGUUAUAUAACGAUCCAUCACAACGUCAUUCACCUGGUGCCCUCACUGAUCUUCGUUCCGCACUUGUCAACAAUACCAUAUUUGCUUCUCUUGCUGUUCGACACGAUUUUCAUAAAUUUUUCAAGGCUGUAUCUCCUGAAUUGCACCACAUUAUUGAUGGUUUUGUUCGCUAUCAACAACAGCAAGACGAUGCACAAGGUAUGGAUGCUCAACUCGCCAAGAAAUAUUAUUCGGAAGAAGAUAAUAAUGGUUCAGAUGAGGGGAAUCCUGUUAUUGUUUCUCCUGGUGAUUUAUUUGGAGAUCAAGAUGAUGCAGAGGAAGAGGAGGAUGAAGAUGUGGAGGUGCCGAAAGCUCUUGGUGAUAUUUUUGAGUCAGUCGCUGGAGCAAUAUACAUGGAUAGUGGGAUGGAUUUAGAUGAAGUCUGGAGAGUUUAUAAACCAAUGAUGAAUCCACUCAUUGAAAAAUUCAGCUCAUGUGUCCCACGUGCCCCAGUCAGAGAAUUAUUGGAAAUGGAACCAGAGACUGCAAAAUUCAGCUGGGCUGAAAAAAGAUGUGAUGGUAAAGUGAGAGUCACUGUUGAAGUUAUCGGCAAAGGAUCAUUUAAAGGCGUCGGCAGAAGCUACAGAAUUGCCAAAUCCGCUGCUGCUAGAAGAGCAUUGAGGUUUUUGAAAUCACAAGCAGAUGAUGUCUGAGUGUGUGUUUUAAAAAUCAGCCCCCAAUCAGUCUUGUGUUGUUAUUCAGCCUGCAUGUAUGAAUGAAUACUGUGUCUUAAUGUAUUUAAGCCAAUCAUGAAACCUCUACAAAGUUCAGAUUUUUACAUCAGAUCAUUGUCUUUUGCUGUUUUGUAUUUUGUAUGAUGAUGAAUCAUGAAACCUCUACAAAGUUCAGUUUUUUACAUCAGAUCAUUGUCUUUUGCUGUCUUGUAUUUUGUAUGAUGACGUCAGCAUGUUUCAAUACAAAGGCUAUUCUGCACUGUUA